AUGGCAGCUAUUCCUGCAAUAUUGGAGCACAAAUUAAUUUAUCCAGUGAGUGGAGAUAUCGAAGGCGGUCAGCUUGUGAAUGUCGUUGGAGGGAACUUCACUGCAGGAGCUGAGACGAUCACGUGUCGGUUUGGAGACGUGGUGACAAACGCUACUGUCCUAUCGGCUUCAAAUGCGCAAUGUGCAGCUCCAAAGCUACAGCCGAUUAGAGACAUACAAAGCGUGAAGCUAGCAACCAAACCUUUUACCGCAGAAAUCCAACGCGUCACAGUAGCGUCAUCACCCUUACAGCCAACCGUUCAAGAGAUUUCCACGUCUGGAGACGUUAGAGUACCGGAGAUCCAGAAAUUCACCAUAUCAGGCGAUGUUGUGCACGAGAUACAGUCCAUACAAGUUAGUUCGCAAGCAUAUUCGGGUGAGAUAUUCGCCAUUACGAGCUCCAUUUCGCCACUGGUUAACGAAGUUCAGACGCUUGAGUUACGAGCUUCUUCGUUUAUCGGCGGCUCCUUUCGCCUCGUGUUGGAGAAGCGCCAAACUGAUAUUUUGACCUCGUACGCUACAUCUCAAGAAGUUGAGAACUCGUUAGAAAUUCUAGACAAUAUUGGAAGAGUUACUGUCACGAAAGUUACGCAGGGUUUACUGGGUUCGUGCACUUGGACGAUCGAGUUUCUUGACCGUGUUGGAGACGUGCCGAUGUUGGAGGUUAUCAACGUCUCGCUCGGUGACUCCGGCUCGUACGACCUCUUUAUCGGAGUCUCUGAGACCGUUAAAGGACAAGGAGCGCCUCUUUCCGGCACGUUUACUCUUGAUGUUGAUGGUAAAACCACCUCUCCUUUAACUUACGACGCGACUGAAGGCGAAAUGGCGAAAGCACUUAAAGCUGUUGACACUUCGAGCGACGUAUUGAGCGUAACUCGAACGGGCCCCUUCUUGAACAAUGCGCACGAGUGGAGAGUAACCUUUGCUGGAUUUCCGCGUCACGUUAGGAGCAUCGGUACUGAUUUAAGUGGGUUAGCUCAAGGGCGAGGACAAAUGACUGUAAACCUGCUAUCACCCGGAGCAAAAGGUGAACAACAGCAGAUCUCUACGACCUUGUCAGCUCGACGGCAGGAGAAGUCUUACAAGCGUUCGAUAGCGUCACAUUCGGGCGUGCUGACGUCACGGGUAAUGCAGGGGGCCGUGGAUCAUCACGUUUGUGGAUUGGGCAGGGAAUCUGCCUCUCUUGUCCUGUGGUACAACUCAAACGGUGACGGAAGUGACAGCCGGCACUGGAAGGAGCUUAUGUAUCACAAGGUGGAGGAAAGCGCAAAGGAAGCACUGCAGUGUACCUAG